AUGGGGUCUGUCACCGGAGCGGUCCUCAAGACGCUACUUCUGCUGUCUGCUCCAAAUUGGAACAGGGUUUUAGCUGGGAAUUCCUAUAAUUGUGAUGACCCCCUGGUGUCUACCUUGCCUCAAGCAUCAUUCAGCAGUUCUUCCGAGCUCUCCAGCAGUCAUGGUCCUGGGUUUGCAAGGCUAAACCGAAGAGAUGGCGCUGGUGGCUGGUCUCCACUUGUGUCAAAUAAAUACCAGUGGUUGCAGAUUGACCUUGGAGAGAGAAUGGAGAUCACUGCCGUGGCCACCCAAGGGGGAUAUGGGAGCUCCAACUGGGUGACCAGCUACCUCCUGAUGUUCAGCGACAGCGGCAGGAACUGGAAGCAGUAUCGCCAGGAGGACAGUAUCUGGGGAUUUGUAGGAAAUGCAAACGCAGACAGUGUUGUGUACUAUAGACUCCAGCCUUCUAUCAAAGCCAGAUUUCUGCGCUUCAUCCCUCUGGAGUGGAACCCCAAGGGCAGAAUUGGAAUGCGAAUCGAGGUGUUUGGAUGUGCAUAUAGAUCAGAGGUGGUUGAUCUUGAUGGAAAAAGUUGCCUUCUCUACAGAUUUGAUCAAAAAUCUCUGAGCCCAAUAAAGGAUGUAAUUUCUUUGAAAUUUAAAACCAUGCAGAGUGAUGGGAUUCUACUCCACCGGAAGGAAGGACAAAAUGGUGAUCACAUCACACUGGAAUUAAGAAGAGGAAAACUCUUUUUGCUUAUUAAUUCAGGUGAUGCGAAGCCACCCUCAGCUCAUGCCCCGGUCAGGCUCACCCUGGGCAGCCUGCUGGACGACCAGCACUGGCACUCCGUGCUCAUCCAGCGCUUGGGCACCCAGGUCAACUUCACAGUGGACGAACACAGGCAUCGUUUCCGCGCCCAGGGCGAGUUCAGUUACCUGCAUCUCGAUUAUGAGAUCAGCUUUGGAGGGAUUCCAGCACCUGGAAAACCAGUGUCAUUCCCCCGUAAACACUUUCAUGGAUGUUUAGAAAAUCUCUUUUACAAUGGAGUGGAUAUCAUUGAUUUGGCCAAGCGACAGGACCCACAGGUGAUCGUUAUGGGAAAUGUGUCGUUUUCUUGUUCACAACCGCAGUCUGUGCCUGUGACUUUUCUGAGUCCCAGGAGUUACUUGGCACUGCCGGGCUCUUUUGGGGAGGACGAGAUUUCUGCCACUUUUCAAUUUCGAACCUGGAAUAAGGCUGGGCUUCUGUUAUUCACGGAGCUUCAGCUGGUUUCAGGGGGUCUCCUCCUCUUUCUUGACGAUGGAAAACUUAAGCUGCAUCUCUACCAUCCAGGAAAAUUACCCAGUGACAUCACAGCAGGUGUUGGAUUAAAUGAUGGACAAUGGCAUUCCGUCUCCUUAUCUGCCAAAAGGAAUUACCUGAGUGUGGUGGUCGAUGGCCAAGUGGCUUCUGCAUCCCCCUCCCAGGGCCCUGAGCAGAUUUAUUCAGGGGGCACCUUUUAUUUUGGAGGUUGUCCUGACAGCAGCUUUGGAUCCAAAUGUAAAAGUCCACUCGGUGGGUUCCAGGGAUGCAUGAGACUCAUCUCCAUCCGUCACGAGGUGGUAGAUUUGAUUUCACUUCAACCGGGGGCCCUUGGGAACUUCAGCGACCUUCAGAUAGACUCCUGUGGGAUCACAGACAGGUGUUUGCCUAACUAUUGUGAACACGGCGGUGAGUGCUCCCAGUCAUGGGACACCUUUCAUUGCAACUGUGCAAACACUGGGUACAGGGGAGCAACGUGCCACAACUCCAUAUAUGAGCAGUCAUGUGAAGCCUAUAAGCAUAAAGGAAAUACUUCAGGGUUUUACUACAUAGAUGCAGAUGGAAGUGGUCCCCUUGAACCAUUUCUUCUAUAUUGCAAUAUGACUGAAACUGCAUGGACCAUCAUACAGCACAAUGGCUCUGAUGUCACAAGAGUCCGAAAUACCAACCCAGAGAACCCCUACACUGGGUUUUUCGAGUAUGUGGCCAGCAUGGAGCAACUCCAGGCCACCAUUAACCGCGCGGAGCACUGUGAACAGGAGCUGACCUACUACUGCAAGAAGUCACGGCUCGUAAGCAAGGAAGAUGGAACCCCUCUGAGCUGGUGGGUUGGAAGAACCAAUGAAACACAGACUUAUUGGGGCGGUUCUUUGCCUGAUCCUCAAAAAUGUACUUGUGGAUUGGAGGGGAACUGCGUUGAUUCUCAGUAUUACUGCAACUGUGAUGCUGACCGGAAUGAAUGGACCAAUGACACUGGGUUCCUCUCUUAUAAGGAACAUCUGCCAGUGACUAGGAUUGUGAUCACAGACACUGGCCGGCCGCAUUCAGAAGCAGCUUAUAAACUGGGGCCUCUGCUUUGCCGUGGAGACAAGUUAUUUUGGAAUUCAGCUUCCUUCAAUACCGAGGCAUCCUACCUCCAUUUUCCUACUUUUCAUGGAGAGCUGAGUGCGGAUGUAUCUUUCUUCUUCAAGACAACAGCUUCAUCUGGGGUGUUUUUAGAGAACCUGGGGAUUACCGAUUUCAUACGGAUAGAGCUACGCUCUCCUGCAGUUGUGACAUUUUCAUUUGAUGUGGGAAAUGGGCCUUUUGAAAUCUCGGUGCAGUCACCCACUCACUUCAACGACAACCAGUGGCACCAUGUUAGGGUUGAGAGGAACAUGAAAGAGGCCUCAGUUCGAGUGGAUCAGCUCUCACCAAGGACACAGCCGGCCCCAGCAGACGGGCAUGUCCUCCUGCAGCUCAACAGUCAGCUCUUCGUGGGUGGAACAGCCACCCGACAGAGGGGCUUCCUGGGUUGCAUUCGGUCUCUGCAGCUGAACGGAGAGGCCCUGGACCUGGAAGAAAGAGCCAGGGUGACCCCGGGAGUGGAGCCGGGGUGCGGAGGACACUGCAGCAGCUACGGGAGGCUGUGCCACCACGGGGGCACGUGCAGGGAGAAGCCCAGCGGGUUCUCCUGUGACUGCACCUCCUCCGCCUACGCGGGGCCCUUCUGCUCAGACGAGAUUUCUGCCUAUUUUGGAUCUGGCUCAUCCGUGAUUUACAAUUUUCAAGAAAAUUACUCCUUAAGUAAGAAUUCCAGCUCCCACGCGGCUUCAUUUCAUGGUGACACCAGGCUGAGCAGGGAAACGAUCAAGUUUAGCUUCCGCACAACACGGACGCCAAGCCUGCUGCUCUAUCUGAGUUCCUUUUAUAAAGAGUACCUUUCAGUUAUCAUCGCCAAAAAUGGAAGUUUGCAGAUCAGGUACAAGCUAAAUAGAUAUCAAGAACCCGAUGUUGUUAACUUUGAUUUCAAAAACAUGGCCGAUGGGGAGCUUCACCACGUAAAGAUUAACAGAGAAGAAGCAGUGGUCUUUGUGGAGCUUGAUGAGAGCAUGAGGAGGCAGGUCCGCCUGGCAUCAGGCACGGAGCUCAGUGCAGUCAGAUCCCUUGUACUGGGCAGGAUUAUAGAACACAGCGAUGUGGACCAGGAGACAGCACUGGCGGGACACGUGACGGAGUCCAGCUGUGUGGCCCAGGCUGGCACUGAUGCCACAUCUAGGGAGAGGACACACUCCUUUGCAGAUCAUUCUGGAACAAGAGAUGACAGAGAACCCCUCACUAAUACAAUCAAAAGUGACUCUGCAGUCAUUGGAGGUUUGAUAGCUGUUGUGAUCUUUAUCUUGCUGUGCAUCACUGCCAUAGCUGUCCGCAUUUAUCAGCAGAAAAGGUUAUACAAAAGAAAUGAGGCAAAAAGGUCAGAGAAUGUAGACAAUGCUGAGGCUGUUUUGAAAAGUGAGCUUAAUAUACAAAAUGCAGUCAGUGAAAAUCAGAAAGAGUACUUCUUCUGA